AUGGUUGGAUGGGGAGGCAAUAACGGUUCAACAUUGACUGCUAGUAUUAUUGCCAAUCGUCGAAAUAUUAAAUGGAAAACUAAAGAUGGAAUACAGUCACCAAAUUAUUUUGGUUCACUUGUUCAAGCCUCCACGCUCAAACUUGGUGUUGAUGAAAAAGGCAAUGAUGUUUAUGUUCCUUUUAAUAAGAUACUUCCGAUGGUAAACCCUAAUGAUUUGGUCAUAGGUGGCUGGGACAUUAACUCUUAUAAUCUUGCUAAAGCAAUGGAACGUGCAAAAGUACUUGAUUAUGACCUUCAGCGUCAACUAGCUCCUGAAUUAGAAAAAUUUAAACCGUUACCUUCAAUUUAUUAUCCUGAUUUCAUAGCUGCAAAUCAGAGCGACAGAGCCGAUAAUCUUAUUUCUGGAAACGAUAAGAAACAACAUCUUGAACAUAUUCGUAAUGAUAUUAGAAAAUUCAAAUUAGAUAACCAGCUUGAUAAAGUGAUUGUGGUUUGGACCGCAAAUACAGAACGUUAUUCCUCAAUUAUUCCUGGCGUUAAUGACACUGCUGCAAAUCUAAUUGAAGCUGUUAGACAGAACCAUUCUGAAAUAGCUCCAUCAACAAUCUUUGCACUAGCUUGUAUUCUAGAAAAAACACCGUUCAUAAAUGGCUCGCCACAAAAUACAUUUGUACCAGGUUGUGUUGAAUUAGCAGAAAAAGAACAAGUUCAUAUUGGUGGAGAUGAUUUUAAAUCUGGCCAAACCAAAGUUAAAUCAGUGCUGGUAGACUUUUUGGUGAAUUCUGGUAUUAAACCGGUUAGUAUAGCUUCCUAUAAUCAUCUUGGAAAUAAUGAUGGCAAAAAUUUGUCUGCACCUGAUCAGUUUCGAUCAAAAGAAAUUUCUAAAAUUGUCGUGAUCAAGUAUGUUCCAGCUGUAGCUGAUUCGAAACGAGCUUUGGAUGAAUAU